AUGAGCGCCCUGUUGGAGACUUCCCUGGGUGACAUCGUCAUUGACCUUUUGGUUGACGAGUCACCCAAGGCCUGUGAGAACUUCCUAAAGCUAUGUAAAAUCAAGUAUUACAAUUUCGCCCCCGUCCACAGUGUCCAGAAGAACUUCUCCUUCCAAACCGGCGACCCGCUUGGCCCUGACGCCCCCGAAAGCGAUGGCGGAUCCUCGAUCUGGGGCUUGCUGGACGGCCCAUCUAACCGCACCUUUCCAAUCGAUCUGCCAAAGCUCAAGCACACCGAGCGCGGAAUGGUGAGCAUGGCAACCGUUCCAGCCACAAACGAUCCCGACCAACGCCUCGCCGCCAGCCAGUUCUUAAUUACUCUGGGUGACAAUUUGGACUACCUAGAUGGGAAAGCGGCUAUUUUUGGAAAAGUGGUUGAGGGAUUUGACGUGUUGGAGAAAAUCAAUGAUUCGUUCAUUGAUGAUCGAGGUCGUCCCUUGAAAGAUAUUCGUAUCCGCCACACAGUCGUCCUGGAUGAUCCCUUUGAAGAUCCAUCGGCGCUAGUCGAGCCACCGGAGAGCCCGUUACCGUCCAAAGCACAAUUGGCAACGGUGCGGAUCGCGGACGAUGAAGAAUUAGAUGAUGAGAUGGAUGAGGAUGCCAUGGAGAAGUUGCGCCGGGAGCGCGAUGCUCGUGCCCAAGCCUUGACCUUGGAGAUGGUAGGAGAUCUACCAUUCGCAGAUGUAAAGCCCCCCGAGAAUAUUCUUUUUGUGUGCAAAUUGAAUCCAGUAACCCAAGAUGAGGAUCUUCAAUUGAUCUUUAGUCGAUUUGGAGUCAUUCUAUCCUGCGAGGUGAUUCGAGAUAAGCGUACUGGGGAUAGCUUGCAGUACGCAUUUAUUGAAUUCGACAACCAAAAAGACUGCGAACAAGCCUACUUUAAGAUGCAAGGUGUGCUCAUUGAUGACCAUCGAAUCCAUGUCGAUUUCUCUCAAAGUGUUUCUAAGUUGUCAGAGAGCUGGCGCAAUUCUACGGUCACCAAGCGCAGGCAGCGAGGCGGAUUUGGUGGUGUCGCCGACCUUGAAAAGAAACGCCAGUACCGAGUAUCUGAUGACCCUCGGGCGGAUGGACCCGACGAUAGCUACAAUAUGGUCUUUGAUAAAAACAAGCGCCGAGAUCGACCAGACGGGCCAUCUGGAUCAUCUGGGCCGCCCGCCGCUCGUGAGGAACGCCGUCGCAGUCCUCCCAGAGAUUCAUACAGGGACCGACGAGAUCAAGACCACCCUCGUCGCCGAUCUUCUAGCCGAAGCCCUGACCGAAGGGAUCGUCGAGACCGAGACCGCGAUCGCUAUCGUGACAAUCGUGGACGAGAUGAUCGGUAUGACCGUCGACGAUGA